AUGGUCUCCUUCACCCCCCAGCUGCAGGUGAGCUGCUCCUCCUUCCAAGAGUACCGCCGCUACUACCAAUGCACCCACCGCAAUAUCUGGACCCGCCGCUCGCACCUCGUCGGCACCGCCGUCGCCGCCAUCGCCGCAGUGCUCGCAGCGAUCCGGCUGGAUUUUGCUGUGCUUGUGUCGUCCGUCACGGCGGGCUAUUUGAUCUGCUGGGGCGGUGACGUCUUGUUUGAGCAGCGUAAUCCAGCCUCUUUCCAGAACCCCAUCUGGGCCUUUUGUGCCAACAUGGCGAUGGUGCAGGACGUUGUGCGUGGCAAGGAGACCGUCUAA